UUCAAAUAUUUUUCUUGUACUCGUUUGAAGUAACCUAUGUAAAAUAAACCAAAAACACAGUCUUCAUAAAUUCCCCGCCUCCAAUGCUAUCGUAAAAUCUUCAGGAAAUAAACAGGUUGAAACAAACAUUUUUUGGAUUGGAUCUUUUCAGUUCCUUCAGUAUAUCUUGAUGAUAAUUGCGAGUGUAUCAUCGUUACUAGAUAAUUUUCUUUUUGGUAAAAGAAGGCGAAUGCACCAUUUUUUUUUUAUUUCAUAAUAUGAUCGUUCGAAAUUGGUCGGAUGAUUUAUAUAAUAGAGACAAUACAGCAACAUAUUCAUAAAUGAAAAGGCAAAUAUUAGUGUAGUUAAUUGAUUGCUAGUCCAUAGGUAUCGAAGGUUGCUGAUGCUGAAGGAUGACAUAUAUCGACAGGAAGAAACAGUGAAGGAAAGUAGUUUCAAAUUUAAAAUGAACAUCUUCAGUUCGAUUUCUUCUGAAAAUGAAUUAUUCACACUUGAAGAUAACGGUAAUUCUGAGGAUGACCAUUACAUAUUCGAUGAAAAUUAUGUAAGGAUACUAUUCUUUAGUUUGUAUACGUUGGUCUUCUGUUUUUGCUUUUUUGGAAAUAUCCUCAUUAUGUUUGUGAUAAUGUUGAAUCGUCGUCUUAGGUCCAUCACAAACUUUUUCCUCGCUAAUUUAGCAUUGGCUGAUUUUUGUGUUGGUAUAUUUUGUAUAUAUCAGAAUUUUUUUAUAUACAUCAUCAAGAGUUGGUCGCUGGGGGAAUUCCUUUGUAAGAUGUAUCUUUUCAUCCAAACUCUGAGUAGUACAGCAAGUAUAUUAAUAUUAGUUGGUAUUUGCGUUGAACGAUACUUUGCAAUAAUUUAUCCCAUAAUGAGUAAACGAAUUCUCACCCCUAAACGUCUAAAAAUCAAGAUGUUAAUUAUAUGGGUCGUUUCAAUGACAUACAGUUCUCCCAGGUUCAUUUUCGGUAAAACUAUAAUGAACGUUUUUUCGAAUGGAAAGGGAAACGAAACGAUAUGUAUAAUGAACAGGCAAGAAUAUAAUUCAGAGGUGUCGGAUAUUUUCCACUUUAUUUUAUUUUACUGCUUGCCGAUGUUGAUUUUAUCAUCGUUAUACACGAAAAUUUCUUUAUGCCUUUGGAGGAGUACAAAACAAGUGAAGAAAGCGCUAGAUGCUUCCAAUAAAAGCAAGAAAUCCAACAGAAAUAUGGAUGGGAAUGAUCGUUCCCAGUUGACCACCGCCGAACAUCAACAUUCGGGUCAUAAUGUUCUGAAAGCAAGAAGAGGAGUGAUUAAAAUGUUGAUGAUAGUAGUAUUCUUCUUUGCUAUAUGCCAUCUACCUUUCCACCUCAGAAAAAUUUGUUUAUAUUGGUCAUCUAUUUACAAAGCUAGCACUGAUCUGAGCGCAAUCCUUACGCCUCUGACAUUCCUGUCGACGUAUUUAAAUUCGGCUGUUAACCCCCUAUUAUAUGCAUUUUUAUCGAACAACUUCAGGAGGGAGAUACGGAGUAUGAUACGUUGCUUUGACAGCAAAAAAAAAAAAAAAUAUGAUAUUCAUCUGAGACUGAGAGGUCAGCAAUCCUCCCAAUAUACCUCCAAGACGAACAAUUUCACUCAAACGGGAUCUUACGAUAUUACCUCAUCUCAAUGAUUUUAUGAGUUGGAUUUUGCUUUGUCCAAAAAAAAUACACAAAAUACAUACAAUAACCUAAUUAUU